CCCCCCCCCCCCACCCCCCUGCGUGUACCUGCCUGGCGCCUGGACCAUCAUGGCGCGGUCUGGGCUGUGUGCCGUCGGCCCACUCCUGCUUCUGGCCACCCUGGUGCUGGCGUCCACCGACGAGCUGCAAGCGGCCCCUCGCGUCUUCCUCCCCUUCAAAGAGCUACGCUCCACGGGGACCAGCCAUCAUUUCUCCUAUGUGUUGAACACGUCGGACUUCCGUAUCCUGCGGAUGGACGAAGACUACGACCGCAUGUACGUGGGCAGCAAGGACUACAUCCUGUCUCUGGACCUGCGCGACAUCAACCGAGAGCCCCUCAUCAUUCACUGGCCGGUGACCCAGCAGAGGAAAACUGAGUGCACCCUCAGUGGGAAAGACGUCAAUGGUGAGUGUGGGAACUUCAUCCGUGUGAUCGAACCGUGGAACCGGACCCAUCUCUACGUCUGCGGAACCGGAGCCUACAACCCGAUCUGCACCUAUGUGCACAGAGGCCACAAACCACAGAGCGCUCUGCACCUGCAGAUGACCCAGAUGAGGGGGAGGAGAAGCAGUCGGGCGGCUGAAACCACAUUUGACCAAUCAGCACUGCAGGAGUACGUAUUCCACCUGGAACCAGGCAAGGAGGAGUCUGGAAAAGGGAAGUGCUCCUAUGACCCAAAACUGAAUGGCGUGUCUGCUUUGAUUAACGGUGAGCUCUAUGCGGGUGUGUAUGUGGACUUCAUGGGGACAGACUCCGCCAUCUUCCGCACGCUGGGGACCCAGACGGCUAUGAGGACGGACCAGUACAACUCCAGAUGGCUCAGUGAGCCCAGUUUUGUGCGUGUGCAGCUCAUCCCUGACAGCGCGGAGAGGAACGAUGACAAGCUCUACUUCUUCUUCCGAGAACAGACGUCUGAGGUGGGCCAGCGGCCCAAGACCCUGGCCAGGAUCGGACGCAUCUGCCUGAAUGACGAUGGCGGUCACUGUUGUCUAGUGAAUAAGUGGAGCUCCUUCCUGAAGGCCCGUCUCAUCUGUUCUGUCCCAGGGGAUGAUGGGAUUGAGACGCACUUCGAUGAGCUCCGAGACGUGUACAUACAGCCUACUCAAGACACCAAGAACCCUGUAAUCUAUGCAGUCUUCUCUGUGUCAGGAUCAGUGUUUAAGGGCUCAGCCGUGUGUGUGUACUCCAUGGCGGACAUCCGCAUGGUCUUCAACGGCCCCUUCGCCCACAAGGAGGGGCCCAACUACCAGUGGGUGCCUUACACUGGCAAGAUCCCCUACCCCCGCCCUGGAACGUGCCCUGGCGGCACCUUCACCCCCAAUAUGAAGUCCACUAAGGACUACCCCGAUGAGGUCAUCAGCUUCAUGCGCACCCACCCCACCAUGUACCACGCCGUGUACCCUGUGCACAAGCGCCCCCUAGUGGUGCGCACCGAUGUGGACUACCAGUUCACCACCAUCACCGUGGACCAGGUGGCCGCUGCCGACGGCAACUAUGAGGUGCUCUUCCUGGGAACCGACAAAGGGACGGUGCAGAAGGUGAUUGUGUUGCCCAGAGACGACCUGCAGACUGAGGAGCUGGUCCUGGAGGAGGUGGAGGUCUUCAAGGUUCCAACUUCAAUUACAAGUAUGCAGAUCUCAUCUAAAAGGCAACAGCUGUAUGUGGCGUCGGACGCGGGGGUGAGCCACCUGGCCCUGCACCGCUGUCACGCGUACGGGGAGGCCUGCGCCGACUGCUGCCUGGCCAGAGACCCCUACUGCGCCUGGGACGGCAAGACCUGCUCGCGCUACUCCGCCUCGCAGAAGAGGCGCAGCCGGCGUCAGGAUGUGAAGUACGGAAACCCGAUCCGGCAGUGCCGCGGCUACAACUCAAACGCCAAUAAGAACACUCUGGAGGCGGUGCAGUAUGGUGUGGAGGGCAGCAGCACGUUUCUGGAGUGCCAAGCUCGAUCGCCACAGGCUGCCAUCAGGUGGCACCAGCUCCGAGACAACAGCGACCGCAGGAAGGAGGUGCGGUCUGAUGGUCGUGUCCUGCGCACCGAUGAGGGUUUGCUCCUGCGUUCCCUGCAGCCGUCGGACUCUGGGCUGUACGUGUGCAGCGGCACGGAGAAGAACUUCAAGCACGUGCUGACGAGGCUGCAGCUGGUGGUGCUGGGCAGCGGGGCGGUGAACGCCGCCCUGCAGGAGAGUGGCCAGCCUGCGCCCCCCCCCCUGCAGCCCGCGCCCUGGACCCCCAGCGCCGGCCAGUACCAGGACCUGCUGACCAUCCUGAGCCAGCCGGAGAUGGGCCUCAUCAACCAGUACUGCCAGGACUACUGGUCGCUAGGAGACUCGCUGCCGGGUGACGCCAGAGCCAAGGAGGUCACGGAGGUCACGGAGGUCACGGAGGUCAAGGAGCAGAGGAAGCCUCGGAACCGCCGGCAUCACCAGGGGGAGGGGCCUCAUCACCACAUGCAGUCACACAGUCAUCCGCAUCACCAGGGGGGGCGGAGUCCCCUGACGGACACCAGGAAGUAGAGGCGGAGACAUGAGAUCUCUGCAGCACAGGGACCUAACCCCGCCCCCUAACAGGGAAAGACUCCAGUUACCCACGACAACAACCAGCAAGAAAAACUAACAAACAACAAAUCUCCAAGUUACUCCACUGAACGCUGGGACACUCAGUAUUUAUUCUAGGCUGUAUAUAGUUCUGUACUGUGGGAUUCUUUGUACUGCAAUAGAGAGGAAUGCUGUCUGUGUAUAGGUAUCAUAUGGCCAAUAUUAUUAUUGUUUUAUCACUGUUGUAAGAAAUGUCAUUUCUCGUGCUCUUUUGUAUAAAGUGUCUAUUGAUGUAAUUUCCUGUAAAGUGUUUAAACAUCAACCAAGAAGGUUAAAAGUAGAAAGGGAAGCACAUGUCUGGUAGGAGAAGGAACGGUUGACGCCAUGUCCUAAACAAGAAGACAUUUCUCAUCAACUCACUCAAACAUCUCUCAGUCUGAGACUCUUCUGCUGUAGGAAAGAGCCUGGAACCCCCCCCCCCGCCCACCAGAACCCUCCCGAACACUCUACUACGGAACCCUCUACAGUAGACCUCCAAUUCUCCUCCAUGGAAUUCAUGUGUAUAUAACUCUAGAAGGCGGAACUCUGUGGAACUAUACUAUAGAUUCUGUGCUGUAAACUUCUCGAGAGCCCUUCCUGUAGAGGUGGGGAAGUCAGACAGGACUGUGCAUGUGUGUGUGUGUGUGUGUGUGUGUGUGUGUGUUGAGCUUCACACACACACACCCCCCCCCCCCCCUCACUGGUGAUCCUGUGCUGUGCAUGAUGGCUGGCUGUGAGGGUUUGCAUGUGACAGUGAGAGGAUUGGCCAACAGCACAAGGACAUUCAUUUCUUUUCCUGUGUAUAACAACAAACCAUGUGCCCUGUUGCCAUGGCCACCCUAACCCUGGGUGUUUAUGGGGGAGGUGCCUUACCCUUGGUGUUUAUGGGGGAGGUGCCUAACCCUUGGUGUUUAUGGGAGGUGCCUAACGCCUAACCUUCUCUGCAUUCACUCUGGUGUCAAGGUGUCUUUCCGCUGGAGGCUUUGGGUUUGCAGGCAUUUAAAGGCUCUGAUUGGAUCAGCCACAGUGACCCUAAUCAGAACCCCC